AUGUUCGGCGGGGGACCAGGGACGCUGAUGCUGGCGUUGGCAGUGGGACUGCUGAGCCUGAGCCGGGGCCUGGCGAGCGACCAGGCCCCAGCUCCGAGCUGGGAGGUGCAGCGCUACGACGGCUGGUUCAACAACCUGCGGCACCACGAGCGGGGAAUUGCGGGCUCCAGGCUGCAGCGCCUGGUCCCCGCCAACUACGCGGAUGGCGUCUACCAGGCCCUGGGGGAGCCGCUCCUGCCCAACCCCCGCAACCUCAGCCUCACGGUCACUCGGGGCCCCUCCGGCCAGCCCUCGCUCCGCAACCGCACCGUGCUGGGGGUCUUCUUUGGUUACCACGUGCUGUCGGAGGUGGUGAGCGUGGAGCAGCCCGGCUGCCCCGCCGAAUUCCUCAACAUCCCCAUCCCGGCCGGGGAUCCCGUGUUUGACCCCGACGGCAGCGGGGACGUGGUGUUGCCCUUCCAGCGGAGCCAGUGGGACCCGGACACCGGCCAGAGUCCCAGCAACCCCCGCGACCAGGUGAACGAAGUGACCGGCUGGCUGGACGGCAGCUCUAUCUAUGGCUCCUCGCACUCCUGGAGCGACGCCCUGAGGAGCUUCUCUGGGGGGCAGCUGGCGGCGGGGCCGGACCCGGACUUCCCCAGGGACACGCAAGGACCCCUCCUCAUGUGGACAGCCCCCGACCCCUCCACGGGCCAGCGCGGGCCACGGGGCAUCUAUGCUUUCGGGGCCAAGCGAGGGAACGAGGCCCUGUUCCUGCAGGCGCUCGGCCUCCUCUGGUUCCGCUACCACAACUGGUGGGCGAAGCAGCUGGCACGUGACCACCCGCAGUGGGGGGACGAGGUCCUGUUCCAGCAUGCCCGCAAGAGGGUCAUCGCCACCUACCAGAACAUCGUUUUGUAUGAAUGGCUGCCCAGCUUGCUGCAGAAAAGCCCACCCCCAUACGGAGGAUACCGGCCGUUUCUGGACCCCAGUAUCUCCCCUGAGUUCCUGGUGGCUGCGGCUCAGUUCUCCACCAUGGUGCCCUCGGGCGUCUACAUGAGAGACGCCAGCUGCCAUUUCCAGGAAGUGACCAACCAGGACGGGAGCAUCUCUCCGGCCCUGCGCCUCUGCAACAGCUUCUGGAGCCGACAGAACCCCAACCUGCCCAGUGCCAAGGCCGUGGACGCGCUGCUGCUGGGCAUGUCCUCCCAGAUCGCCGAGCGCGAGGACAACGUCGUGGUCGAGGAUCUGAGAGAUUACUGGCCAGGCCCUGAGAAGUUCUCCCGCACAGACUACGUAGCCAGCAGCAUCCAGCGGGGCCGUGAUCUGGGGCUGCCCAGCUACAAUCAGGCCCUGGAAGCCAUGGGGUUGAAGACUCUCACCUCCUGGAAAGACUUCAACUCCAGCGUAGACCCCGAGGUCUUGAAUGCCACACUUGCCCUGUACGGCCACGACCUGUCCCAGCUGGAGCUGCUGCCCGGAGGCCUGCUGGAGAGCCAGGGUGACCCCGGGCCCCUCUUCAGUGCCAUAGUCCUCGACCAGUUUGUGCGGCUGCGGGACGGAGACCGCUACUGGUUUGAGAACGUGAGGAACAGGCUGUUCUCCGAGGCAGAGAUCACCGAUAUCAGGAAAACAACCCUUCGUGACGUCCUGGUGGCAGUCACCGGCGUGGACCCCGGAGCCCUGCAACACAACGUCUUCUUCUGGCACGAGGGUGACCCUUGCCCACAGCCCCAGCAGCUCACCAACAUGACCCAGUCUCCGUGCACGCCCCUCACCGUGCUCAACUAUUUCGAGGGCAGCGGCCCUGGUUUUGGAGUCACCAUCGUGGCCCUCUGCUGUCUCCCACUAGUGAGCUUGCUCGUCGCCUGGGUAGUGGCCCGUUUCCGGAGCCGGGAGUUCCGGAAACUGCAGGAGGAGAGGAAGCUGAGCGUGAAGAAGGAGCUGUCCUCAGAUGCGGUGUCAGCCCUGGAGUGGCCCGGCCCAGGCCUGGGGACCUACCCCGUGUACCUGCAGCUCCUCCCGGAGCUCUGCCUGCGCGUGCUGGAUGAGCGGCUGGCUGUGCUCCGGUCCGUCCAGCUCCGGCUACCCCAGCAGCUCAACCUCAUCCUGUCCAACAACCGGGGACGCCGGACCCUGCUGCUCAAGAUCCCAAAGGAGUACGAUCUGGUGCUGAUGUUUAACUCGGAGAUGGACCGGGGCGUCUGCCUCCAGCACGUGCAAGGCUACUGCGAGCGCUGGGGCCUGCACCUCCAGCUGCAGGAGCUGCGGGAGCAGGAGCUGCUGCAGAACGCUGUCUCCAAGCAGCAGCGCAGCAUCCUCCUGGAGACCUUCUUCAGGCACCUGUUUGCUCAGGUGUUGGACAUUGACCAGGCAGACGCAGGGGCCCUGCCCCAGGACUCGUCGCAGAGGGUGAGGGAUGCGCUGGCCUGUGAGCUGAGCCGGGCCGAGUUCGCCGAGUCUCUGGGCCUCAAGCCCCAGGCCAUGUUUGUGGAGUCCAUGUUCUCUCUGGCCGACAAGGACGGCAACGGCUACAUCUCCUUCCGCGAGUUCUUGGACAUCCUUGCGGUCUUCAUGAAAGGCUCCCCGGAGGAGAAGUCCCGGCUCAUGUUCCGGAUGUAUGAUUUUGAUGGGAACGGGCUCAUCUCCAAGGAUGAGUUCAUCCGGAUGCUGAGGUCCUUCAUCGAGAUCUCCAAUAACUGCCUGUCCAAGGAUCAGCUGACAGAGGUGGUGGAGUCCAUGUUCCGGGAGUCUGGCUUCCAGGACCGGACAGAGCUGACCUGGGAGGAUUUCCACUUCAUGCUGCGUGACCAUGACAGCGAGCUCCGCUUCACCAAGCUCUGCAUCAAAGGUGACCCUGACAUCUUCAGGCAGAACAUUAACAACCGCAUCUCCUUCCUCACCCACAGAAGGCUUGCAGGGCUUCCACCUCCACGGCUGUACACUGAGGCAUGGCGGGAGAAGCUGCAACGUGGCCGCCUACACCAGCGACUCCAGCAGUUCAAGCGCUUCGUGGAGAACUACAGGCGCCACAUCGUCUGUGUGGCCAUCUUCUCCUCCAUCUGCUGUGGCCUGUUUGUUGAGCGAGCUUACUACUAUGCAUUUGCCUCGCCACCCUCGGGUAUCGCCAAGACAACGUUCGUGGGCAUCAUCCUGUCGCGGGGCACAGCGGCCAGCGUGUCCUUCAUGUUCUCCUACAUCCUGCUCACCAUGUGCCGCAACCUCAUCACCUUCCUGCGCGAGACCUUCUUGAACCUCUACGUGCCCUUCGACGCCGCCGUUGACUUCCACCGCUGGAUCGCCAUGGCGGCCGUCGUGCUGGCCAUCCUACACAGUGCUGGCCACGUGGUCAAUGUGUACAUCUUCUCCGUCAGCCCACUCAGUCUGCUGUCCUGUGUCUUCCCCAACGUCUUCUUCAACGACGGGUCCCAGCUGCCCCAGAAGUUCUAUUGGUGGUUCUUCCAAACCGUCCCAGGUAUGACCGGGGUGCUCCUGCUCGUUGUCCUCGCCAUCAUGUACGUCUUCGCCUCCCGCCACUUCCGUCGCCGCAGCUUCCGGGGCUUCUGGCUGACCCACCACCUCUACAUCUUGCUUUACGUCCUGCUCAUCAUCCACGGCAGCUACGCCCUGAUCCAGCAGCCGCGUUUCUACAUCUAUUUCCUGGUCCCUGCGCUUAUCUACAGUGGGGACAAGUUGGUGAGCCUGAGCCGGAAGAAGGUGGAGAUCGGCGUGGUGAAGGCCGAGCUGCUGCCCUCAGGUGUGACCCAUCUGCAGUUCCAGCGCCCCCAGGACUUCGAGUACAAGUCUGGGCAGUGGGUGCGGAUUGCCUGCCUGGACCUAGGCACCACGGAGUACCACCCCUUCACGCUGACCUCCGCCCCCCACGAGGACACGCUCAGCCUGCACAUCCGUGCUGCGGGGCCCUGGACCACCCGCCUGCGGGAGAUCUACACUCUGCCCCUGGGGGUCGACAGUGCCAAAUACCCCAAGCUCUACCUGGACGGGCCGUUCGGAGAGGGUCAUCAGGAGUGGCAUAAGUUUGAGGUGUCGGUGCUGGUUGGUGGGGGCAUUGGAGUCACCCCCUUUGCCUCCAUCCUCAAAGACCUGGUCUUCAAGUCAUCAGUCAGAAACCAAAUGCUCUGUAAGAAGAUCUAUUUCAUCUGGGUGACGCGGACGCAGAAGCAGUUCGAGUGGCUGGCUGACAUCAUCCGCGAGGUGGAGGAGAACGACCGGGAGGAGCUGGUGUCCGUCCACAUCUACAUCACCCAGUUGGCCGAGAAGUUCGACCUCAGGACCACCAUGCUGUACAUCUGUGAGCGUCAUUUCCAGAAGGUGCUGAACAGGAGCCUGUUCACGGGCCUGCGCUCUGUCACCCACUUUGGCCGCCCGCCUUUUGACCGCUUCUUCAGCUCCCUGCAAGAAGUUCAUCCUCAGGUGCGGAAGAUCGGGGUGUUCAGCUGUGGCCCCCCCGGCAUGACCAAGAACGUGGAGAAGGCCUGUUGCCUCAUCAAUCGGCAGGACCAAACCCACUUCGUGCACCAUUACAAGAAUUUCUGAGCUUCCCACCCACCCUGGCUGCUCCCACUGCCUCUCCCACACCCUUGAGGAAGGGAGGAGGCCAUGGACCUUACAUCCCCUUCCCAGGAACUCCUCUGCUGGACAUUGCCCUGGGCCUGCAGUGGGGAAUGGACUCAAGGUCAAUCCUUGUUUGGUUUUAUUAUAGUAUUCGUUAAGCGGAGUCUCUGGGUC